GUCACGUGUCACAUGAUGCUAUACGGAAGUAUCAAACGUCUAUUGUACUGUUAACGGGUCGAUGCAGUCUAUUUUAACGUUUAAGGGCUGAUUUUUAGUAGAAACGACGGCGGUAAAGACUGUAUGAGAAAGUAUUUGAGCUAGUACAAAAAGAAGACAUGGGUGUGUCCGAAUUGGAGGAAUCUUCUCAGCUACUGGACGAAAAGCUGCUCGGUUUCAUGGAGCAGCUGGAGUUACUGGAGGAGAAACGAGCCACUCUCAACUCUCUCAUAGAGCAGGGAUGGUUUUCCAUGUCCAAGGCUCGAUAUUCCAUGGGAAACAAACAAGUCUCCGCACUUCAGUAUGCGAGCGAGAUAGAGCCACUGGUCUCCGUUCAUACUAGAACUCUUGACAGUGGUGAGGUGGAUUUCUGCACAGAAAGGGUUAAACAAAAGUGUAACAAUGAGGCUGGAACAGAUGCAAGGUCAAUAGAGGAUAUUGGACCUCAAGAAGAAGGUGUCAGGAGGAGAAUCAAACCAAAAACGGAUAUCACAGAGAAAAAAGAAAGUGAAGAAGCAAGUAGUGAGAAAGCUCCUGAAGUAACUCCAGUAAGAAAAUGUGACCAGAAUCCUCAGCAAGAUCCACUGAAAUGGUUUGGGAUUCUGGUGCCACAGUCUCUUAAACAAGCACAGUUGUCAUUCAAGCAAGUAAUAGAGCUGUCAGCUGAGAUUGCAACCCUCCAGAUUUCAGUGUUGAACACAAGACAGGAGCUGAAGCACAGCAUGAAAGACAAACACAUUCUCCAGGAGAAAGCCUCAGCAGCCCAGUCGGACAAGUUGGCAGACUAAAUAACUCUUAUGGAGUCGAAGCUGGAGAUGACCUGAGAUGAGCCUGUGGCCACACAGAGUGACAGAUUAGCAGAUUAGUCAGUAGAUUAUGUUUCAGGGCCAACUGAACUCAACAGUGAUCCUCCUGGUGGAGUUUGCAGUGGAGAUUACAGAUGAAGCUGUCCAUAUUUGAUUAAUUGGUAUAUAAAUAAUGUUUGAUCUUGUGCCGUUUUGUCCGUCUAACUGAUACAUUUGUGGACUUUUUGAGAUAGAUGUGUUUGUGAAUGGUGUCUUUGAGGCUUAAUAAAGUGAAUGUAGUAGACUGUAUAUUAAUUUAUAAAUAUAAACAGAACCUGUUUGAAUCUUUUCAAUAAAUGGUAAGUACCA